AUCUCAUGUAUGUGUGAGAUAGAGAUAGAGACGUUUUCCUAAUUCGAUCUGUCAUACCAUCACUUUGCUGUGGGCUGCGUGCAAAGCAGAUGUUCUAGAGUCCGUUAUGCUCAUUUCCUGGGCGGAGAGCUUUGUGCUGUAUUACUGAAGUAACAGGAACAAGAAAAAAAGGAAGAGAGAAGAUAUGAGAGCGAGAGGAAUAGCUGUUAGUUAAUAGGUUCUUUCACAAGUCAGUUUGACACCAACUAAUUAUUUGCACUGGCAAAAAGAGUCUGAAACAAGAAGGUUCCCUGAGCUUGAAGGAGCGUGAGAGAACACAUGAGAGAAAGAGCGAUACAGAGAGCAGAAGAGGAGGUGUGAAGAGAGUCCUCAUCAGAGCUUGAAGCAUAAAAGUAGACGGGUAGAAAAGGAGGAAAAGAGGGAGAGGGAGUGGGAGUGCAACCCGAUCCCAGGACUUACACACCACCGGCAGUGAGAACACUCGCCUCAUAACUUCAACUACUGCUGUUGCUACUGACGCUCUGUGUUCAUCCAACACUCAUUGUUUUUGGCUGUUUUUCACUUUCGUUUCAAAUUUUAUUGACUUUUCUCCAAAGGCGAUUUGUUUGACUGUUCCAUCACUGAGCAGAGAAACUACAAGUGGACGACAUUUUCAUCAGCGGGACUUGAAUUUAUAAUCAAGGCUGUAUCAAAUCCACUGGGGGAAUCUAUCUAGCAAGCAAAGGGUCAGAAGAUCAGGAGCUUCACAGUAGGACCAAAAAACCCUGACAGAUAUUUGAGAGGCUUUCUAACAACAACCUGUGAGAAAAAUAAAACAGAACCAAGUAAGAGGCAGUAACUUGCACACAGUGCUUGUCAUUGUGUCCAUGAAGCAGGCUUUCUCCUAAAAGAAAGAAGUCUCCAGGACGGGGAGAGAAAGACGGGGAUAUCAGCCAGUCUUGUGGUCUUGAACAAGUGCUCCUGUGUGUGUUUGCCAGGAGAGAAGCAACAUUGAAACCUGCAACUGAAAACUAGCUCGUGUUUGGAGCAAAUGCUUAUGUAUUUGGUGUUUAUUUGUGUUUGAGUGUGGCCCUGACAUCACAUGUGCUCAGACCCUGGGGAGCGCUGCCUUGCGUCCACCCUCUGAGCAAGUGUGUGGGAGAGACAGCGAGAAACAAGAGUGAGACAGUUUGGCAGGAGCUGAAGUGCGAGGCGAGGGCUAGUCACACACAAACUCUCCACCUUUGCAUGUGUACUGUCUGGGUUUAGGAUACAAAUAGACUCUGUGUAUCCUGGGAAUUCCCUCCACUAAUACACCCCAGCAUUUAUUGACUCUAAUAUUCCAGGUGCUUUCCAUAAACUGCAUCAUCCUCAUCAGUAACAUCAAUCAGCUGGUGAGCGUUUCAUCUCUGUCACACCUGACGUCGACCUUACCUGAGUCAAGUACCUAAGUUUCAGUACUACAGUACAUCACCAUCACCAUCACCAUGAGGCAACUUUGUCUGGCACUCGCCGUUGUUUGCUUGGCAUCUGUAGCUGCUGCCAUGUCCACAUGCAAGACUUUGGACCUCGAGGUUGCAAAGAGGAAGCGAAUCGAGGCCAUUCGUGGACAAAUCCUCAGUAAGCUGCGCAUGGCCAAGGAGCCUGAGCCUGAAAAGGAUGCCCAAGAAGACAACAUUCCAGACAGCAUCAUCUCACUCUACAACAGCACUGUGGAAACCACCACGGACCAACAGAGUGAGCUAGUUCCUGCCUCCCAACAACAGGAAGAAGAGGAAUACUUUGGCAAAGAGAUGCACAAAUUCGACAUGACUCAUUGGACCAAUAAUUUUACAGAUAAAAAGCAGAUGUAUUUUGAUGUGGGUGAAAUGAAGCAGAACAUCAAGAACUACGAACUCCUGACACAAGCCAAGCUCAGGCUGCGUUUGAAAGACAUGUCGAUAAAACGUGGCUUGUCGCAGAGACUGGAGAUCUACAAGGGUCUGGGCAGUUCUGCUAAAUACCUGGGUUUCCAUGACAUCUCCAACGAUUUGCAAAACAAAUGGAUUUCCAUUGACAUAACAGCUACGCUCAAAGAAUGGCUCCAGUCUCCUGAAAACGAGCAAGGAUUUGAGCUGAGGCUAUACUGUGGAUGUGGGAAGACUGUUGAGGCUUUCAACUUUGGCAUCUCAGGUAUGACUGAGAACAGAGGAGACAAACACACUCUUGCCAACUUAAUGGCCAAACCGUACAUUCUGGCCAUGUCUGUUCCUUCUGAUGGUCAUAGCAGCUCAUCACGCAAAAAACGAUCUCCAACACCAGAACCAACAUGUGACGAAAAAACAGAGACGUGCUGCAUGAGGAAACUCUACAUCGAUUUCCGGAAGGAUCUCGGCUGGAAGUGGAUCCACAAGCCUAAAGGAUACUUUGCCAAUUACUGCAUGGGCUCAUGUGCAUACAUCUGGAAUGCUGAGAACAAAUACUCACAGAUUUUAGCCCUUUACAAGCAUCAUAACCCUGGUGCGUCGGCUCAACCGUGCUGCGUACCUCAAGUCCUGGAACCUCUUCCUAUCAUGUAUUAUGUGGGCAGACAAUACAAGGUGGAGCAGCUGUCCAACAUGGUAGUGAAGAACUGCAAGUGCAGUUAAUGGCUUUGACGUUCCUUCAACUCGAGUUCUCUCCUACACACGCACACACACACACACACACACACACACACACACACAUAUACAAUGAUGGGGACUGAACGUCUCUGAGGAAGAGCAUGGAAAGACAGCAGAAAGGACCAUAAGAGGAGAAGCAGACCAAGUUAUGAAAUAGAGUAAAGAAGACUCCUGAAUUCUAGUCCUCAAAGACAACCUAGUAGACAUACAACAACAACAACAACCAAAAUAUAUACUUCAUUUCAUUUUAGAAUUUACUUCACUACUGUAUUGCUAUUAAUUUAUUGUAACUUAGGACAAGUUGCAUUUUACCGUGUCCCAUAAAACUACAUACUGUAACAGAGGUACACUGCUAAUUUAUUUCCAUAUGGUGCUGUGGAAAAAUAAAGGGAUGAGCAACAUCCGUCUGAGGACAAUCCAUCCAGUGUUCUGGAGAAAAGAGAUAAAUAAAUGAAUGUGCUUACCAGCAAAUACCCAGAUGUUUGCACUAAUUCGUGGACACUGAAUCCCUCGAGGACAGCAACAAUGGACCACAAGGACUGUUGACCUCGGGUUUUUUCAAAAUAUGGACAGAACCUCCAGUCAUUAUUCUGGACAGCUACAUGUGUUAGCCCCUUACUAAUAAAGGGGGCUUUACGUUGACUCCUUGACUGAAGGUUUCAUUGUGCUGUAUAUUUUUAAUUUGUACCUAAGUCAAACUCAAAGUGCAAAGCUUUGAUAUUCUACACAUCUAGUGAGCAGUUCGUGAGACAUACAGAGGCUAGGGGUUUGAACGACUACUAAUUUUUACUAGUUGACUAGUAAUCGACUAGUCGUCUUUUCCAGGUAAAGUGUUUCAGGACGUUGCUAUUUCAAGGGAUUUCUUUUGUGUGUCACAAACUUCAAACUACAUUUUAAUUAACAGUCAGUUCCUCCAGGAUUUCAUGAGUUUCUGAUUGUAGAAAUUAACACAAAACUCUGUCAAGCAAACUCUGAGAUAUCCGGAAGAGCUUGCACUUUUUAGUGAGUCAAAGCCACCUUCAAUUCACGUGCGUCAAACGUAUCAUAAGAAGUGAUAAUGUACUGUAUGUUUCUUCACUGGUUGGAGUGUAAAAGAACAAUCUGCAGUAAAAUUAACCAUUUUUGUCAAAAUCAAUCACCAAAAAAAAAAUUCUGGAGGAACUGAUUGGUGCAACAUUUGCACAAUAAUAAACCGGUGUAUCGUAUGGCACUUAUGUAUUUACGUAACGAUGUACGUUGUUAAAAUGCACUCGUGUGGAUGAAAUGGCGGCUCAGCUGAAUUCUGGAAAAUAAGGAAGCAGAGGAAGCUCCUUAUCACUUAGUAACGGACAAAGGAUUCAAAAUCUACAGAAAAAUCAGGAAGGUUUUUCAUCUAGGAAUCUUCAUCUACUUUUUUUUUAACUAUAAAACUCUCUGAACGUUUCACUCAAACAUCUCCAUGAUGAAUAAAAUAAAACAGACUCCAUUAAAAUGUCCAGCUGAGUCUUGUGAAACUGACGUCAGGAUUUUCUUUAUGUACUAAAUAUUUUCACACUAAUAAAAUCCUGCUUUCUGUAGUCAACUGGUCUGUAAAUCUUCUCAUGGAUGUUUUUUUAACAUUUUCCUCAAAUCAUCCAACCCUCGUUUUUUUUUUUUGUUGGAGUAGAGCAAAGGCCUGUUCGUGGUCCUUCACCUGUGUUUAAUGUGCACAUCUCUGUUCUUUGUCCAGAGGAGAGAGUGAGUCUCUUUUCUCUGAGUUUGGCCUUGAUGCGUUGACGUGUACAGUAAACACAGUGAAGGUAUUUAUAGCGUCAGUCUGCUUACUUUCACGCUCCCGAAUGAAACAGGUUCGCUCGUUGUGUUGGUUUAAGAGCGCACUGAUACAAACACAAACACCUGGACUUCCUCCAAAGACCAAUAUUUUGGGAUGGAAAGAUGUUCUGACCUCGUGUAGAGGUGAAAUAUAAUAUUAAUAUUUUGUAGGAUGUUUUAGAGUUUUAUUUUGUUUUUAUUAUUAUUAUUAUUAUUAUUAUUAUUAUUAUUAUUAUUAUUAUUAUUAUUGUAUUGUGUGAAACAAAUAUUUUUUUUUUGUAUAUUUCAGUUCUAUCUUGUUGUAACUCCUUCUGUUCACGGCUAUCAUACUGGUUUAUAUUUGCACCCAGAUUAUUUCAUUAUUUUCACACAUGCUGUUGAAAUAAACCAAAGAUUUUGCAGAGGGAUGCAACCAGAACAUGUUACAGACUAAA